CUUUUUGAAUCUGUAGUCGUUGCUCACAAUUUACAAGGUCCGUGAACACGUUUUGUUUUAAAUAUGAACGAUCUUGGUUCCAUCGAUAUGUCGAAUACAGAUCAUUCACGAGUGACAGGAGAUUCGGGCUUCAGCGAAUUAUUGCGGUCAGCAGAACAAUUGUCUGCUGCUGUAGAGGGUAGUGAAGAACUUCCUCAAGUUGAAAGAAACCUUCGUCAGAUAUUAGACGCUUCUAAUGAACUCUGGUCUCGUGUCACCCAGACCGGUACUCAGGAUAGUCAAGUUCAAGCGCAUCUGUUGCUUGGUUCCCGUGGUGUUGAUUUACCCCAGAUAUCACAAAAAUUAAGUUCACUUAGUGCAAGACGCACAUUUGAACCUUUAGAUCCUAUUGCAGAUACAGAUAUAGUUAGCUAUCUGAGAAAUGAAAAAGAAAAUGCUAUUUUGUCUAUUAUUGAACAAGUUCACAAGGAUACUUUUGAACUCACUAGGGUUCAACAAAUGGAACAUAUGUUGGGUGAAUGGAAGCAAAUGCGUUUUGAGAUAAUAAAUGCUAUGACUGCUCCAUCUGGAGAGCUAGUAGAUUUACGUGGUAUCCCACAACGUACUAAAUUAGCUGGAUCCAUGAUUAGUGGUUUAUCCAGUGUAGAAGUAGCUUAUGUUAAAGAAUUACAAAACUAUAAUGAUCAUGUGCUCAGAGGAAUAACUAGACCAAAUUUGUUUGAUGCAUUUUGUAAGGCUGCAGAGUCAUUUGAAGACAAAAAGGUUCUUGACAUGUGGCAUAUGGUUAAAUACAUGGUGGAUAUUCCACCAAUUCCUAGAGAGGAUCAAAUCAAAUCCAGAAGUACUCCUAUUGUUGAGAAAAAGAUCGUUUUACAAGCCAGAAAAUAUUUGGAAAAUAGAUAUAGAGAAUUUAUGACAUCUGUUAUUAGUGAAAAUUUAGCACAAGCCAAGAGGGGUGGUAUUCCAGGCACUGUACCAUUAGUUAAAAGCUUUGUAAGCGUUAAAGUACAAAAUCUGAGAGAUCUAGAAGAUGUUAUGGUCGAGGGUAAACCAUUAUGGCCUUUAGUCUAUUAUUGUAUGAGAGUUGGAGACUAUAAAGCAGCCCUUCAAUGCCUUAAUCAGUGCAACACAGAAUUUUCAGAGUUUAAAAUUGCUUUAGAAGAAGCAUGCAAUGAUCCCCAAAGGCACCCUAGCAGUUAUGCAGAAUCAAAUUUGAAACUUCAUUAUAGAAAGCAUGUUAGAUCAGUUACUGAUCCAUAUAAGAGAGUAGCCUAUUGUGCACUGGUUCCUUGUGAACCUGAUGACUUGCAUUCUGAUGUAAUUUGCACAGCUGAUGAUUAUUUGUGGUUAAAAUUGUGUCAAGUUAGAGAUCAACCAGAUGCAGAGAACAAGUUGACUUUGGAUUAUCUGCAAACUACAAUUUCGGAAAUAUACGGAGAAUCGUAUUACCAUGCUCAUGAACAACCAUUUGUAUACUUCUCCAUGUUAUUUUUAACCGGUCAGUUUGAAGCUGCAAUUGAAUUUUUGGCCAGAGGUGCAGGUGCAAGGCAUCUGCCACAUGCAGUGCAUCUAGCAGCUGCUAUGCAUGAACACAACUUAUUAGGAGUCAGUCAGAGUGCGUUAGCACCUUUAAUAAGUGUAGAUCCUGCUGACAAACCACCUGCAAAAAGAUUGAAUUUUGCUAGGUUGAUAUUGUUGUAUGUGAAGAGAUUCGAUUCUACAGAUCCAAAAGAAUGCUUACAUUAUCUAUUCUUACUGAGAUGCAUGAAGGAUCCGUAUGAUCGUAACAUGUUUGCUGCAUCAGCCGCAGAAAUGGUUGUUGAUACUUCGCCAGCAAAUAGAAUUCAAUUAGUGAAUUCUAGAAUACUACAUCAAUUCCAAAUUGAUACACAGGAUGUUCUUAAUAUAAGUGCUGAUACAUUAUAUAGGAAAGGCUUAUUAGAAGACGCGGUAACAAUGUAUGAUCUUGCUGGCAAUCACGAGAAAGUUCUUAGUUUAAUGUGCACACUUUUGGCCCAAGUUGUUAGUCAAAAAGCUUCACCAGGGACUUUAAGAGAUCGUUUACAAGUAACUGCUACCGACAUAAGUAACAGGUAUAAAAAUAUCGAGAUACAAGCAUCAGCUGAAUUAGUAUCCGCCUUCUAUACUUUGAGGCAUCUAAUGGUAUUCUUCGACCAGUUUCAUAAUGAGCAAUAUCAGAGUGCUCUUAGGACUAUCGCGGAAUUAAAAUUGUUACCGUUACACGUGAAAGAAGUUGAUGAACGUGUAAAUGCUUUAAGACGUGUAUCGCCUGAAGUGGCUGGCACGUUAGCGGAUGUUCUUUUAGCAACAAUGACGAUACUUUAUCGUCAGUACCAAAAGUUACGAUCAGUGGAACCAGGUGACGAAGAAGCGAGAAGGCAACAGCUUCUUGAUCUUAGGGAACAAGCGAGAGCAUUAACUAGUUUCGCAGGCACGCUUCCAUAUCGCAUGCCGAAUGAAACAAACAGUAAACUUGUACAGAUGGAGAUCCUAAUGUGCUGAACAGCAGAUACGUAGUAUUCCUCAUUUUAUUCUGAUUACAUUCGUAUUGAAUUCCGUGAAGCAGAAAAAACAAAAUCAGUGCUAUAGUUUCCCAAUUCUUAAAGCAUUAGCAAUGGCGUGUAUAUAUUUUUUAUACUACUGUAAGUUAAGCAAUGAAAAGGAUUGUAAGCAGAAUAAAUGUACUUUGUUUUAG